GAGCGGGCGGGAGAGGGGGGGGGGCUGCGUCAGUGCCGCGCGCGUUCUCGCCUUGGGCGCGCGCCCCGCCAGCCCCUGGGGGCCCCCGCGAGGUUGCAAGGAUGACCGAAGGGGCGGAGGCGGUGGCCGCGCGUUGAGCUGAACCUGCAGAAGCCCUCGCUAUGGGGCCGCGCGCGCUCUUGCCCCCUGCCUCUCUGCGACUAAGGUGGCUGCUGGCGUGUGGCCUGCUGGGCCCGGUCCUCGAUGCCGGGCGGCCAGACAUUCAGCAGACCAAACAUCUUUCUUCUUAUGAGAUUAUAACACCUUGGAGACUAACUAGAGAAAGAAGGGAAGCUCUGAGGUCCAGUUCCAAGCAGGUGUCUUAUGUCAUCCAGGCGCAAGGAAAACAGCAUGUUAUUCACUUGGAAAGAAACACAGACCUUUUACCUACUGACUUUGUAGUUUAUACCUACAACGAGGAAGGCUCUCUGCUGUCUGACCGUCCCAGUAUGCAGAAACAUUGCCAUUACCGGGGCUACGUGGAGGGCAUGCACAAUUCAGCCGUCGCUGUGAGCGUCUGCUCCGGACUCAGAGGACUGCUGCACCUUGAGAACGCCAGCUUCGGCAUCGAACCUCUGCACAACAGCUCGCACUUCGAGCACAUAUUCUACCCCAUGGACGGUGUCCACCAGGAGCCUCUGAGAUGUGGCGUUUCUAACGGGGACACAGAGAAGAAGGCCACAAAGGACUAUGAGGAGGAGCAUCCAAGCCUGACUCAGCUGCUGCGUAGGCGAAGAGCUGUUCUUCCGCAGACCCGCUACGUGGAGCUGUUCAUUGUUGUAGACAAGGAAAGGUAUGACAUGAUGGGAAAAAACCAGACUGCUGUGCGAGAAGAGAUGAUCCGCCUAGCAAACUACCUGGAUAGCAUGUAUAUCAUGUUAAAUAUUCGAAUUGUUCUAGUGGGCCUGGAAAUCUGGACAGAUAAAAACCCGAUCAACACAGUCGGAGGUGCUGGCGAUGUGCUGGGCAACUUCGUACAGUGGCGGGAGAAGUUCCUCAUAACGCGCCAGAGGCACGACAGUGCGCAGCUGGUCUUGAAGAAAGGCUUUGGUGGGACUGCAGGAAUGGCAUUUGUAGGAACAGUAUGUUCAAGGAGCCACGCAGGUGGGAUUAAUGUGUUUGGGCAAAUCACCGUGGAGACGUUUGCGUCCAUCGUCGCCCAUGAGUUGGGUCAUAACCUUGGGAUGAAUCACGAUGAUGGGAGAGAGUGCUUCUGCGGAGCCAAGAGCUGCAUCAUGAAUUCAGGGGCAUCAGGUUCGAGAAACUUCAGCAGCUGCAGUGCGGAGGACUUUGAGAAGUUGACUUUGAACAAGGGAGGAAGUUGCCUUCUUAAUGUCCCGAAGCCUGACGAAGCUUACAGCGCCCCCUCCUGUGGAAACAAGCUGGUGGACCCUGGGGAAGAGUGCGACUGUGGCACCCCGCAGGAAUGUGAGUCGGACCCAUGCUGUGAAGGAAGCUCUUGUAAGCUCAAGUCAUUUGCCGAGUGUGCAUAUGGCGACUGUUGCAAAGAUUGCCAGUUCCUGCCAGGAGGCUCUAUGUGCAGAGGAAAAACCAGUGAGUGUGAUGUCCCCGAGUACUGCAAUGGCUCCUCCCAGUUCUGUCCGCCAGACGUCUUCAUUCAGAACGGCUAUCCGUGCCAGAAUAACAAAGCCUACUGUUACAACGGCAUGUGCCAGUAUUACGACGCGCAGUGUCAGGUCAUCUUUGGUUCAAAAGCCAAGGCUGCCCCCAAAGACUGCUUUAUCGAAGUGAAUUCUAAAGGUGACAGAUUUGGCAACUGUGGCUUCUCCGGCAGUGAGUACAAGAAGUGUGCCACGGGGAAUGCUCUGUGUGGGAAGCUCCAGUGUGAGAAUGUGCAGGACAUGCCGGUGUUUGGAAUAGUGCCGGCGAUCAUCCAGACACCUAGUCGAGGCACCAAAUGUUGGGGCGUGGACUUCCAGCUUGGCUCAGAUGUCCCAGACCCAGGGAUGGUGAAUGAAGGCACAAAAUGUGAUGCUGGAAAGAUUUGUAGGAAUUUCCAGUGUGUAAAUGCUUCUGUCCUGAAUUAUGACUGUGAUAUUCAGGAAAAAUGUCACGGGCAUGGGGUGUGUAAUAGCAAUAAGAAUUGUCACUGUGAAAAUGGCUGGGCUCCCCCAAAUUGUGAGACUAAAGGAUAUGGAGGAAGUGUGGACAGCGGGCCGACGUACAAUGCAAGGAGCACAGCACUGAGGGAUGGACUGCUGGUGUUCUUCUUCUUAGUCAUCCCCCUGGUUGCUGUUGCCAUUUUCCUCUUUAUCAAGAGAAAUGAGCUACGGAGAACCUUCUUCAGGAAGAAGAGAUCGCAGGCGUAUGAGUACUCAGCCUUUUCUUUAUCAGAUGGUAGAAACCAAGCAAGUGUGUCUCGGCAGCCCGGGGGCCCAGGCGUCUCGCGACAGCCAGGAGGCCCGGGCAUCUCUCGACAGCCAGGGGGCCCGGGCGUCUCGCGACAGCCAGGAGGCCCGGGCAUCUCUCGACAGCCAGGGGGUCCUCAGCAUGUUUCUCCACUCGCCCCAUCUAGAGAAGCUCCUGUGAAUGCAAACAGAUUUCCAGUACCGACCUAUGCAGCCAAGCAGCCUCCGCAGUUUCCAUCAAGGCCACCUCCACCACAGCCCAAAAUAUCAUCUCAAGGAAAUUUGGUUCCUGCUCGGCCAGCUCCUGCACCUCCGUUAUACAGCUCCCUCACCUGAUGUUAGGGUCUUAUUCUUCAACCGUCUUCAGGGAACUGAGCACAUGCUUUUUUUUUUUUUUUCCUGAUGUUUUCUUGAAAAGCCUUUCUCUUCCAAGAGUGAAUGCAAACACGCUUCAUUAACACAGAAACAGAGAGGAGAGUUGAGAAGUGCAGGACGGCGCGGGCACUCCAGGAGACUUAAAACAUCCUCUUGUCAUCUGCGACGUUAAUGCCCCGAGUGUGGAUUAAGUUAUUUUGAACAUGUUAUUGUAACGAUUCUCCAAUUAACUGUACUGGUGUACUUUGUCCUUGUGUGCUUAAAUGUAGUCCUGACUUUUUGAUGUCAGUUCUCCUUAAUAAUUUCUGGUUGAACAUUUGAACAUGUAUUAACUUAGGAAAGCUGACCAGCUGCAAUAAUGUCUACGUUUUCAUCUUGCAUGGAUUAACAGCCAUUUGUCCAGACUCCUGUCUCUUACUCCACAAAUAAACGGUUGUCCCGAAGAAGAAUGCGCAGGAAUCACAGUUACUAGGUCAUGAAGUGACUUGAAAGUAUGAAAUAUGGUGUGUAUUCAGUUACUGGCUUCCAUAUUUUAUGAUCUUUGAAGUAUAAUAGCUAUGAUAGAAAUUGAUUUAACACUAAGUUACUGGCUUCCAUUUUUUAUGAUCUUUCAACUAUAAUGACUAUGGUAGAAAUUGAUUUAACACCAAACUCUCUUUCCACAUCAUGAUAAAGCAUUCAGUAGUGUUGCUUUACCUGAAGUGUACACUUUAUGGUACGAGGUGUGUAGUAGACCUAUGCCGCUGGAUGUCGAUCGGACAGAAGCACGGAGAUUGCCUUUCGCCAGCUGAGCUGUUGUUUCAAAACCACUUGAGAAUCCACGAGCACUUUAACUCUCAAAUCUGAAUUUCAAAGCUUGAUACUGAGUCACUUAGAAUGUUUACAUUUCCUAAGGUGUGCUGGAUCUUGUCUCUUUUGACUAAUGUUUUCAUAAAAAUUAGGGUUGAGAGAGGAAGAAUUGGUUUCCUUAGGUAACUACAGAAGUUAUCUUGACAUCUGUGAGUUACUAUCUCAGCUGUAUUAAAAUGAAUUUGUACUUUGAAAGGAAUGAUAUUGACACUAAAAUUUUAAAUACUUAAAUUUUUUCAUGAUUUUUUCAUAAAGAAGUUUAAUAAUAGGUAUAUUAACUGAAUUUCAUUAGUUUUCUAAAAUAUUUUGGUUUGUGUAUAUAUACAUAUUAAAAUAAAAACAUUUACAACAAAUAA